AUGUUUCAGGUGACCUCCAGGUCCUUGACUCGCCCAGGAAAAAUUGCAAGGAAGUAUCCAAGUGAGAACAAAGCAAGUUUUAUUCAGGUAGCAGAAAAGAAAGAGCCAGGUCGUGGGCUCCACUGUGAAAGAAGCAAAAAAGCCUUGAGUCCUAGGCAGCUGGCAGCCACCAUCCUGGUGCAGAAGCUUAAUUUACACAAGCAGAAGCUGUUGAAGCAGGUGGACUUCCUGAACUGGCAGGUCACUGACCAAAACCUGCACAAACUUCACAUGUUGUGGUCCUAUCAGUUGCAGCAGCACAAGGACUACACGUGCUACAAUCAGUUGAGCCGUUCUGUGCACAAGCUGGCCUGGCUCCUGCACGACCUGCCCAAGUGCAACCUGUUUCACACGCGUGCCUUGGCCACGCUGCUGGACAAGCUGUAUGAUCUUGGCCUGGUGCUUACGCACAGCUGCUCGCUAGAACUCUGAGAUGUCGUCAGGGCCUCGUCCUUUAGCCACUGCCACCUGCCCACUGUGCUCCUUAAGCUGCGCAUGGAGCAGCACCUCCAGGUUGCCCUGGCCUUCCAGGAGCAGGGCCAUGUGCCAUUAGUCAACGACCCCACCUUCCUUGUCACAUGCAGCGUGGAGGACUUGGCCACCUGGGUUGACUGUCCAAGAUCAAACAAUGAGGAGCGUGAUGAUUUUGAUCUGGAAGCCUAG